AUGUUUGAUAAGUGUAAAGGAGGCGGUGUAAACAACAGCGGAAACGGCCGGGUUAAACCCGGAUUCUUCCCUGAGCUCCGUCGUACUAAAUCUUUCUCAGCUUCUAAAAACAACGAAGGGUUCUCAGGAGUGUUUGAGCCACAACGUAGGUCUUGUGACUUCCGUAGCUCUCUUUGGAACUUGUUUAGCCAAGACGAGCAACCAAACCUUCUAACCUCUGUCUCCGGCGGCGGUGAUGUUGAAGUCGAGCCGAGUAAAUCUAGCGUUGCGGAGCCUGUUUUAGAGGUUAACGACGAAGGAGAAGCUGAAAGCGACGACGAAGGAGAAGCUGAAAGCGACGACGAAGUCGAAGAGGAAGAGGAAGACUACGUCGAAGCUGGAGACUUUGAGAUUCUUAAUGAUUCCGGCGAACUUAUUAGAGAAAAAAGCGACGAAAUUGUUGAAGAGAUCGAAGAGGUUGUUAUGGUAACGGAGAAGGCUAUAAGAGAAGAGGAGCUGAAGCCUAUUAAGGAUUACAUAGAUCUUGAUUCUCAAACCAAGAAGCCAUCGGUGAGACGGAGCUUUUGGUCGGCGGCCUCUGUUUUUAGCAAGAAGCUUCAGAAAUGGAGACAGAAUCAAAAGAUGAAGAAGCGGCGUAACGGCGGCGACCAUAGGCCGGGAUCAGCUAGAUUACCGGUGGAGAAACCGAUUGGGAGACAGCUCCGUGAUACUCAGUCGGAGAUCGCUGAUUACGGAUUCGGCCGGAGAUCGUGCGAUACAGAUCCUAGAUUCUCCCUCGACGCCGGAAGAUUCUCUCUUGACGCCGGAAGAUUCUCCGUUGACAUCGGUAGGAUCUCUCUGGAUGACCCUCGUUACUCGUUCGACGAGCCGAGAGCUUCUUGGGACGGGUCUUUGAUCGGACGUACAUCGUUUCCUCCCGCCGCGAGAGCUCCUCCGCCGCCGUCGAUGCUUUCUGUUGUGGAAGAUGCGCCGCCGCCGGUGCACCGUCACGUAGCCCGAGCGGAUAUGCAGUUUCCGGUGGAAGAGCCACCGCCACCGCAGCCACCGGUGGUUAAUCAAGCUAACGGAGUGUCCGACCCGGUUAUAAUCCCGGGCGGGUCAAUCCAAACCCGAGACUACUACACUGACUCAUCGUCACGGAGACGGAAGAGUCUCGACAGGUCAUCAAGCUCCAUGAGGAAAAAGGCUGCAGCGGUUGUGGCUGAUAUGGACGAGCCAAAGCUUUCAGUGUCGUCGGCUAUAUCAAUAGAUGCUUACUCAGGAGGAUCAAUGAGAGAUAAUAACUAUGCCGUGGAGAACACGGAUAACGGGUUUUUCCGGGAACCGCCGAUAAUGGGCGGCGAGAGGAAAGUGAAUAGUAACGAUAAUAGUAACAAGAAGUCGAGGCGGUGGGGGAAAUGGAGCAUCUUGGGACUUAUUUACAGGAAGAGUGUUAACAAGUAUGAGGAAGAAGAGGAGGAAGAGGAUAGGUAUAGGAGAUUAAACGGUGGAAUGGUGGAGAGAUCGUUAUCGGAGUCAUGGCCGGAGCUGAGGAAUGGAGGUGGGGGAGUAGGAGGGCCGAGGAUGGUGAGGAGUAAUAGCAAUGUGAGCUGGAGGAGUACCGGUGGUGGAUCACAGAGGAAAGUCCACGGGUUGGAUAGGAAUAAGAGUUCAAGGUAUUCACCUAAGAAUGGGGAAAACGGAAUGUUGAAGUUUUACUUGCCAACUAUGAAAGGUAGCCGGAGAGUGAACGGUGCAGGUGGCGGCGGUGGUGGUGGCGGAGGGUGGGCGAAUAGUCACGGGCAUUCAAUAGCGAGGAGUGUAAUGAGGCUGUAUUGAUUGGGAUCAACAAAUUGUUCAUUGGGGUUUAGCUCUAUGAAGUCUGAACCUUUUUGUUAUUUCUCGUUGGGUUGGGUUUAAUUUUGGUGCAAUUGGUUUACUUUUUUAAAAAAGAUGUUAAGGGGGGGAGGCAUUUUCAAACGAAUCACUUGUUAACAUUGUCUAUUUUAACCGGAAUAAACCGCCUUUAACCAGCUA